UACGUUAUUAAAAAACGUUCAAUAGAUCAUCAUGUCGGCGUUGAAGAAGGAAGACACUCCCGAAGUCUUCAGGGAGGCUAUCCUUUAUCGUGAAUGGGGCUAUCGACUGGCCAGUCUGGGCAGAUACCUCUUGGCCAUAGAUUAUUUCGAAAAGGCGUCCAAAUCGGCCGAGGUCGAGGACCUUAGAACGUUAAUUGGCCUCUACAAAGCGCUCAUUAAAUGCACAAAAUAUUUCGCGGCAGAAAAACUGUCGGAGAAAUGUAUGAAAAUAGAUCCCGGUCAUUAUAAAGUACGGCAGAUGCGAAUGGAGGCGCUUUUCCAGAUCGGUGAGUUCGGUCACAGUCUGGUUCACGCCUACGUGGGUGUGCGACGGCACAGGGUGACCUUUGAGCACGGCGUAUAUCAGGCAAACGAGACCAUCGAAGAUUGCAUCGGCCGGAACACGUCGCCCGUCGCGCUGCUGCUGCUCUACCCGUGGAUACAGUGCUUGUGGCAGCACCGCGAGCUCCUGAUCGGCAAGGUCGAAGAGGAGGAGGACCAGCUCGAAGAUGUCGUAGAGGACGAGGAGAGAUUCAAGGUGAACGAUCCCCGAGUGCAACGGCAGGCACGAAUGGAAAGACUGCAGCGCGUCAUAGCGAAAACGGAUAUGGGUUAUUUGACGAUCGAUAGGGAUUUUCUCGAGGACCUUGUGAAGCGGCCAGAGAUCGUGGCUUCGCUGAGCAAGAGGUCGACUGCCGAGCUGCUGGCCCUAGCGAGUGCUUGCUAUCGCAAUGCGAUGUAUCUGCAGGAUCUUCUGCGUAUGAGACGGCCGCUUUACGUUACCCUCUUCCGGCGACGUAAGAUUCCAAAGGGUCGCAAAAUGAUGAUAGAACAAGAGCGAAAAUUGCGAAGGAACAUCGUCAUUGUAAAGGCGGAUUUUCUUUUGCGCCUCUUGCAAGCCGCGAGGAUCAACAAGGACUACCCGGCCUUCUUCAGACUCGUCGGUCACAUUAAGGACAACUUCGACGCUUACUCGGACAAGUUGUUUCCGUUGAAGCAAAGGUGUCUGAACGCGCUGUACAAAACGGUGGCACAAGUGUACCUCGACACGCGUAAUUUAACGUGUCUGGACAACGAGGAAAUGAAGACGAGAUAUGUGAAGCAUCAUUUGGGAAUACGAGUCGCAACGUUGCCCCGAGACAGUGAUCUCGCGUGGAUGCCGACUGUAAAUCCGAAGGAGACGCUGAAGGUGUUCCGGAGGAGAUUAGCUAUGGCAUCCGCACCGCUCGAGCUCGCCUGGCUGCACCAUGAAUUUUGCAAGUUUCUCUUCGGCAUACGUCGCCUCGAUCUGGCCAGAUUCUACGCCAAGAAGGGACACGAUAUGGCACGGAAGGCAAACUGUGACCAAUGGGUCCUGAACAUCGAUCAUCUGAUGCUGCGAAUAGAGAUCUAUCAGAAUAACCGGAACGAGGCGAGAGACAUCGCGAUUCUAACGCUCGCGCACGCCAGAAAGCUUAAUAUCGAUUGUCUGAUAGAUUUCUAUGAAAGGGCUAUGAGGGUCGUGGACGAGCUGGACGCGGAGCGUAGCGGCGACUUUGACGGCAUCGCUGCCAGGCAACAGCUUAUCCUCGAGCUGAUGCCGAAGGAGAUGAAGGGGGAGGUGGAUUUUCUGUGGCGGCGAAUGGACGUCGUGCCCGCCGAGAGGAGACUCUCCGUUAUGCCGGGCUGCAAGCCGAUCGAUCGAAAGUUCAAAAUGCCGUCCACGCGAAGAACCAUAUUACCCAGCCCGCCGAAGGACCCGGUGAGGGACGCGAGGAUCGCUCUGUUAAAGCAGCAUGCCCUGCCGCGCAGGCGACCGGGUUUCGUGAAUUUUCAAGAGUUCGAAUAAUCGAUCUUCAGUCGGCUCGCAAACAGUCGUGUUUUCGCAUUGUUUGCGCCGCAAUUCAUUGCAAAUUAUCGCCGGAUAAUCAACGCCAGCCGCAGAUGUAACGAUUCGCAUUCGCGAAUGGACUCAUUCGACCGUUACGUUAUUAAUGCGCAUUUGCUCAUUUCAUAUUUAUCGAAAGCCAUUAAAAAUCUGUACCUCUGGCGACGCGAGAUUAUUCGAUUACUCGGUAAUAUUUAUUUCAUAAAUAAUUACCAAAGUUUUUUUUUCAAUUUAACAGUUUCUAUUUCACGUUGAUGGAGGCAAUUUAUUUGUUUACGUUUUGUAGUAGGAAAAAUACACACAUUUAGAAUACGCUCGCUUUGAUACUCGUUAGAGUAGCCUCAUGCUGCUUUCUAUCUUCGUCGGAACCAAGGGGGGUAACCACUUUAUGUAAUCAUGGGACAGUAUCUCCGAAAUUAUUAUAAAAUCCUUACAAAAUCCCCAUGUAAUCGUUUUGCCUUUAUUUUUCAGUUUCUUCACUUGUUAGACAAUGAACAUAAAAUUUCAACAUUUUCCCAACUUGUUUUCAUUUCCCCCCAAAAUUUACCUCUUUUAGUGAAUAUUCAAAUAUAUAUCAUAGUUCACGAUUUUAUAAGCGCGUAUUACUUUUUUCAUAAUAAGACUGAAGUAGUUGCUAGGACAGUGAGAC